AUGAAAGGAGAUAUCGUUCAAGUUGGGUCAAAAGGAAAUGGACAAGAAAAUGGGAACUCUGUGACUGAAACGAGUGAUCAACAUCAUCCUGUUUGGGGUCAAAUGGAGAACUAUGCUUUAGGAAGAGAAAAGCGGAGGCAGCUACUUUUAAUGCUAUGCCAGUUUGAGGCUGAUAGGCUUGACGUCUGGGCACAGCCAACUAACACCAAGGAAAGUAAUUCCCUAAGACCCAAGAUUAGUGCAGAUAAAUGGGCAGAAUAUACUAGGACUGCCUUCUCUGUGGAUCCUAGGAUUGCUUUAUCUUUGGCCUCAAGGUUCCCAGCCAAUACAUUUGUAAAAACUGAAGUGACUCAGCUUGUACAGGACAAGGGACUACAAAAUGAUGAGCCAAUUGAUACAAGUUAUGCAGCUGCUGCAACAGUGGGAAAGGACCAUGUUGUUAUGCUUGACAGUAUUGAUGCUGUAAAUGGUAGUUUUGUUGAGAUAAUCACUGGCUGGUUUGCUGCCAAUGCAAAUAUAGUGGAUGUGCGCAACAUACCAGAAGCGUUACCUUUCUUUAUCACCCCAAAGGCAAUUGAUGAUAAUUCAGUUCUCUUGCAACAAUUGCCUCAUUGGGCUCCUUGUUCUAUUACACAAGCUCUAGAGUUCCUUACUCCUGCAUACAAGGGGCAUCCACGGGUUAUGGCAUAUGUUCUAAGGGUUUUGGAAUCCUAUCCUCCUGAACGAGUGACCUUUUUCAUGCCACAGCUGGUGCAGUCCUUGCGACAUGAUGAUGGGAAAUUAGUUGAAGGUUAUUUGCUCAGAGCUGCUCAAAGAAGUGACAUAUUUGCCCAUAUUCUUAUCUGGCAUUUGCAGGGUGAGACUGUACCUGAGCCAGGAAAAGACCCAAGCACCGUGAAGCGCAUUACCUAUUUCUUGGCUACAGAAUUAAACGAUGAGAAUGGUUCAUUUCUAGAACUGCUGCCAGCUGUAAGGCAGCGUAUAAUUGAUGGUUUUAAUGCAAAGGCACUUGACAUAUUUAAAAGAGAGUUUGAUUUCUUUGACAAAGUUACAUCCAUCUCUGGUGUACUAUUUCCACUCCCUAAAGAAGAACGCCGAGCUGGUAUUCGAAGGGAGUUGGAGAAAAUUCAACUUGAUGGUGAGGACCUUUAUCUACCAACAGCUCCUAACAAGCUUGUUACGGGUAUUCGAGUUGAUAGUGGUAUUCCCUUGCAAUCAGCCGCAAAAGUCCCAAUCAUGAUCACUUUUAAUGUUGUUGAUCGAGAUGGGGACAGAAGUGAUGAAAAGCCACAAGCUUGCAUUUUCAAGGUCGGAGAUGACUGUAGACAAGAUGUUCUCGCCCUUCAAGUAAUAGCACUACUUAGUGAUAUAUUUGAAGCUGUUGGAAUAAAUCUUUAUCUAUAUCCUUAUGGUGUUCUGCCAACUGGUCCCGAGAGAGGUAUAAUAGAGGUUGUGCCAAAUACGCGUAGUAGAAGUCAGAUGGGCGAAACAACUGAUGGAGGUUUGUUUGAGAUAUUUCAGCAAGACUUUGGACCUGUUGGGUCUGCCAGUUUUGAGGCUGCUCGCCAGAACUUUAUAGUUAGCAGUGCUGGUUAUGCCGUUGCCAGUCUUUUGCUUCAACCAAAGGAUAGGCACAAUGGGAACCUUCUCUUUGAUAGUGCUGGGAGGCUAGUUCAUAUUGACUUCGGUUUCAUCCUAGAAACUUCUCCGGGUGGGAAUAUGCGAUUUGAAAGUGCUCAUUUUAAGCUGAGCCAUGAGAUGACACAAUUACUAGAUCCAUCUGGUGUGAUGAAGAGUGAUACAUGGAGCCAAUUUCUAAGUUUGUGUGUGAAGGGGUACCUUGCUGCCCGUCGACGCAUGGAUGGGAUCAUCACUACUGUGGCUCUAAUGCUAGACAGCGGGUUACCGUGCUUCAGUAGGGGUGAUCCGAUUGGCAAUCUUCGGAAGAGAUUUCAUCCGGAGAUGAGUGAGCGUGAAGCAGCCAAUUUCAUGACCCAUGUUUGUAAAGAUGCUUACAACAAGUGGACCACUGCUGGCUAUGACUUGAUACAGUAUCUGCAGCAAGGCAUCGAGAAGUGA